GGGUGCCAUUCACAAUCAGCUGCAUGCUACGCCGCCACAAAAAAAAAAAAGAAUUGUGUUGUGUUAAACUCUGUGAUUUGGACUUUAAAUAAUAGUAAUUGUUAAAUAAAUCACUGCAAAAUGAAGGUGCUGCGCAACACGCUGCUGUGCGCGUUUGUUGUGCUAGCCGGCUGCUUGAUCUUUGUCGCCGCACAAGGUAAACAGAAAACGGGUCUCUCUCUAUCGGAAAGAGUUCAAAACCUGGUGGAAAUGAACAUGAAGAAACCGCUUUUACGUUUUAAUGGACAAAAAUUCCGUGAAUAUGUGAAAAACACGCCGCGCAAUUAUUCAAUGAUUGUGAUGCUAACGGCGCUGGCGCCAUCACGCCAAUGCCAGAUAUGUCGACAUGCACAUGACGAAUUCAGCAUUGUGGCCAACUCGUACCGCUUCUCGCCCAUCUACUCCAACAAGCUCUUCUUCGCCAUGGUCGAUUUCGAUGAGGGCUCUGACGUGUUCCAGAUGCUCCGUCUCAAUACGGCGCCCGUGUUUAUGCAUUUCCCGGCCAAGGGCAAGCCAAAGGGUGCCGAUACAAUGGACAUACAUCGUGUUGGCUUUGCAGCCGAUUCGAUUGCCAAAUUUGUAGCCGAACGCACAGAUAUUACAAUACGCAUCUUCCGACCACCAAAUUACUCGGGAACUGUGGCCAUGAUUACACUGGUCGCUUUGGUGGGCAGCUUUUUGUACAUCCGUCGCAACAAUCUCGAAUUCCUGUACAACAAAAAUCUGUGGGGUGCUAUUGCUUUAUUCUUCUGCUUUGCCAUGAUUUCUGGCCAGAUGUGGAAUCACAUACGUGGUCCGCCACUGGUGCAUAAGACGCAAAACGGUGGCGUUGCCUACAUUCAUGGCUCGUCCCAGGGUCAAUUGGUCGUGGAGACCUACAUUGUCAUGUUCUUAAAUGCGAUGAUUGUGCUGGGAAUGAUACUGCUGAUUGAGUCCGGUACACAGAAGGCGCACAAUAGAAAUCGAAUUAUGGCCAUGGUCGGUUUGGUCUUGUUAACUGUAUUCUUCUCCUUCUUGCUCUCUGUAUUCCGUUCCAAGGCGCAGGGUUAUCCUUAUAGUUUCUUGUUCAAGUAGAAUCGACUGAGGCCACCUUUGAUAUCAUAAUCGAGUGGAUCGUUAUUAACGUUUUAUAGUUCAAAUUAAAAGCAAGAAGCACCAAGUACUAAGCGUGCGUGUGUGUAAAACAAGUUUAAUAAUAAAUGCCACUACUAAAUUAGAAUUGUAGACCU